AUGAAUUCCACGCCUCUUCGAACUGAAGCACUGAGCGAAGCCAUCACCAUAGGAAGCAUGCUGCUGCAAAAUCAGCCACAGCUGGUGUUCUUUGCAGCUAUCCUCUUGGUGUGGAUGACUUGGAUGACGUAUGCCGUCACAGGCACACGUGCUUCGACUCAGAUCGGUCGUGUGUUGCAGUCUCUUCAGACCCUGGAAGGAAAAAUUGACAUGAUGAGCCUCCCAGGCCCGACUGUUUCUUCGCCUUCCGUGGAUUCAGGGACCUUUUCACGUUUCGAGCAAACUACGCAGACUGCCUUUGACUGUCUUGAUGCCAAGCUGCUUCAAGUCCAGAAGGAGUUCGCUGCUCUUCAAUGUGUUGAUGCCAAGCUGCUUCAAAUUCAAAAAGAGUUCGGUGAGAUCAAACACUUUAUCCUUGAGCUUCAGAUGGAGGAAGUUUUUCCCAAGCUGUCAGAAGCAGUUGGAGAAGCAGUGGCACAUUCCAAGGCAACCGCCCAGAUGAUGGAGGAGUGGAAGAAAGAGGUGCCACCCAAGUUACGCGAGGUCUAUGGAUUUGCCAGCACAUUGCCUGCGCUCAACAAACUGGUGCAGUCGAUGGGCAUUGAUACCCAGAAAAGCUUUGCCUUGCAUGAAACUCUGUUGGAUGGCCUUCUGAAACAGGGCAGAGAUAGCCUGCACCACAUUCAGAGUGAAGAGCGCGCUCAGAGUGACAUGAUCAAGGAGAUCAAAAGUGACCUCAAGCAGGUCAGUUUGGACAUACACGUGUCCAACACAAAGCUGGAGCAAAAGGCAGAUUCCAUCCAGAAAGAUUUGGCGUCUCUCACGGGAUGUUUUCAGAGCACUUUGAGGGGCUUCAACCCCCUCAUCCCUUUGAGCAAGACGCUCAAGGACACCUUGGACAAUGUCGUCGACUAUUGCGUGAAGGCGAAUCAGCAUGAUCAUGCUAUGGCAUCGCAAGGCCAUGCUACUCAAGAAUCAGCGGCGAAUGCUGAGGACCAUGGAGUCAGACUGGAGGCUCUAGUGGGAGGCAUCCAGCAAACCUUGACCGAGGUCGCAGAGCUCUGCCAACAGACGAAUGAGUUCCACAAUUUGAUCCAUGAACAAGUUGCACAGAUAUUGGAGCGCACCCCCAAGCUUCCAAAACGUUCGCCUCCACAGACUGAAGCUCCGCCGCCAACCACUACCUCGCCCCCUCCGAUGGCACAGCAGCCGGCACAGCCACCUCAGCCUAUGCCUAUGCCACAUCCAUGCGCACAUGGCGGUCCGCUAGAUGCUGGACAUCCGAUUCGGAUUGCUGAUCAUCUUCAACCACUCGUGAGGGGAGGGCAGAGCCAGAAUCCGAUCUACAUGGUUCAGGACCCACUAGGCCGCUUCAGCACACAUGAGCUGCUGAGUGCCUUGCUGGGACGCAGUAAUCUAUCCUAG